GUUUCCUCUCCCCGGCUCACACAAAGUGAGAUGUUGUGCUUUAUAAUAAGGUGAAGACUCAGAAGAGAAACUCGCUCAACCCCUGUGUGACCCUAUGAUGAGCAGCAAAGUAGCAGUGGGCCGCCUGCAGGUCCUUCAGAUCUACCGCCUGCUGCAGUGCGUCCAUGAAGGGGAUAAGGUGCAGAUAGAGAAGAUGGUGAACCUUGGGGUGGAAAACCUCAUCAAUCUCACUGAACCAAAGGACGGCACAGGGGUGCUUCACGUGGCAGUUUCAACCAACAAUCAGGACUUGGUCAGCUUCCUUCUCUCCCAGGGAGCACACCCCAACAUGCAGGACAAGAGGGGCCGCACCCCAGUCAUGUUAGCUGCUGAGCUGGGCAAUGAUGUCAUAGUGACACUGCUGGCCCAGAGCCAUGCUGACUUGAGGCUCCAAGACAGUGAGGGUAAAGGUGUGCUGUUCUACUGUAUCUACCCCACCAAGUGCCACUCUCGCUGCCUGCAGGUAGCACUGAAGUGCCAGGCAGACGUCAACAAUGUGUCAGCGCAGGGGACUCAUGUUUUCCAGCUGAUGUGUGAAAGAGCCCAGGAGUGUACCCCAAUGUGUCUCAUCAUGUUAAAUGGAGGGGCUGACCCCAAUGCAGUAGAUCAGAAAACCAGUGUCACAGCAUUGAUGGAGGCAGCCAGGGCUGGCUCCCUGCAGCUCGUUAAAGCCAUUCUCAGGAAAGGAGGAAACCCCAACGCUCUGGACAGAAAACAUCUCACUGCAGUACACUAUGCCGCCAUGGGGGGCUUCUUUGAGGUGAUUCAGGUGUUGUCUGCACACUCAGCAGACAUGGGUGUGAUCGACCUAGAGGACUGCACAGCUCUACACUACGCUGCAGCCACGGGAGAUGCUAACUGCUGCAAGUUCCUGGCACAGAGAGGUUGUAACCCCAAACUGAGGAGCCAGGAAGGUUUGCUGCCACGUCAGAUUGCCAAAGACGCUGGUCACAAAGCAGCAGCCAAGGAGCUUAGGAAAGCAGAGCGGCAACAGGGAAAAGGCAACAAAUCCGGCAGUGUCACCCUCAUGUCAGAUCCUUGGAGCCUGACCCUCCACGACUGGUCUCACGAGUAUGAGGCUGAAUUACGGCAAGCCUUUGGGAACAAAUCAGACACAGUUACCACUGAGAUGUUUAUUUCAGUGUUAGAAGAACUAAAAGCUCCUGUUGAACUAGACCAGCUCCAGACAGUCAUCUCAGCCCAUGAUAAGGGAAAAGAGGGGUGUAUCAACAUCAGUGAUUUCAUCAGAGGUGUCAAGUACAUCAAGAAACCAUUCCUCCUCUCCUCGUACAUGCCUAAAAAGAAAAAAGGAGAAAAGGGAGGAAAGGGAGGUAAGAAGAAGGGUAAAUUUGUCCUCCCCAUGCCCAUUUGUACCCUCCCUCAGGAGCUAAUGCCCCGGCGACCAGACGGGGGCCCACCCCAUUUCAUGAUUGAGACAUAUUACAACCGCUCAGACAUCAGCCGAUUUGACCAUGAUCACCCACCAGAACAUCCUAUAAUGAACGAUUCAGGAUGGUAUGUAGAACAGCCACAGAAGGUCUAUGUCAAUAUCAACUACUGUGUGAAAAGUGGAGACCUGGAGUCUCUGGACCUCGCUCUCAGUCAGGGGGUUCCUGUGGAUGUUCAAGACCAGUUUUACAAGACCCCGCUGAUGGUGGCCUGCUCCAGUGGCAACUAUGAAGUGGCUCAGUACCUCCUCAGUAAGGGGGCGGAUGUGAAUGCGUGUGACCAAUUCUUCUGGACCCCCCUCCACCAUGCGGCUCAUGCUGGCCAAGUGGAACUUAUAGAGCUUCUGGUGGAGGCUGGGGCCAACAUAGACGCACGGGCCCUCAGUGGAGGCACACCCCUCAUGAGGGCCAUCGAGAGCUCUCAACCCUCCUGUGUGGACUUCCUCAUCAAGGCAGGCGCCAGUGUCAAUGCAGAGAACAAGAAAGAACAAAACUGCCUGGACAUUGCCAGAGCUUUUGCAGACUCCAGAAUAAUCGACUUGGUCAAAGACAAAAUGGAUUCUCUGCCUAAACCAAAGGAGACAGCGAAGGGAAAGGGGGGCAAAGAUCAAAAGCCUAAACCUGCUAAGCCAAAGGGUGGUUCUGCAGAAGGUGCAGGUACAUCGACUGCCACAACAGCAGGGAAGACUCCUCCUCAGAACGAUUCAAAGAGUGUCAUCCUGCAAAACACCAGGAUCACUACAGGGAAAACCAACACUGUGGACAUCACCUUUGUGCCAAAAACGGUUUGGGGUAAGCCACCCACCACCAGCCAGCUGAUGUCAAAGAUAGAGAGACGGAAGGAGCUUCUAUCCCUCGAGGUGGACUUUGAUGACUUCAUGAUGCCUUUCAGCCAGAACGUCCAGAGGAAAACGCUGGAGCUGGCAAAAACCACAGAGUAG